AAAGGGGGAGAGAGAGAAGAAGAAGAAGAAAAAAGAAACUGCAAAAAAAGCAGCAGAUAGAGGCUUCUGUGUAACUCAACUCAACCUUAAACAAAGGCACAUAAACAUAAACAAACACUACUUGUUCUAUUAGUUCACCAAUCAUUCUAUCAUGGAUUUUGUUUCAAUCUUCUUCCCCUUUUUCCUUGUCAAGCUUGUUCUCAGAUUAAAGUACCCAAAUGCUAUGAUCAUGAGGCGUCUCUUCCAAGCAACCUUCCACCACUACUACCACCAUAAUCCCUAAUAAUCCAUUACCACAAUUCUCCAAUUCAAUUCUUUUUUACUCUUCUUCUUCCUUUAAUCAUAGCUACACCCAAUUCCCUAACCUAACCUAGACUCAAUAUAUACAUACAUACACAUUAGAAUUACAACAACAGCAUAAAGUUUCCAUUUUUCUUUCCCAAACCCACAAAUUGAAUUGUGAAUAUUGAAAUUAGUGAAGAAAAGUUUCAUUUUCUGUAAUUCACUCAACACAAUACCCUGAAAUUCAAUAGUGGGCAACUCAUUCAGCUUAGAAAGGAAAAAAAAAACAUUUUUUUCCCCAAUUCACAUAAACCCAAAAUCCAGAAGCCCCAAGUUCCAAUUUUGAAUUCUAGGUUUUCAAUCUUUAACCAUGCCAGGACUAUUCGCCGCUAGAACCCCAUCAAAAACGCAGUCGUUUCGCGAUUUCCUCAUUGAACCGCCGGAAAACGAACCCUCCAGCGAGCUGAACCCUUCUCCGCCGCCGACAGCGAAACGAACCACCAUGAGAACGCCGGAUAAACUCGCCGUCGACGACAACGAUACCUCCCUUGACAACCCAGACAUGGGCCCGUUCCUUCUGAAGAUGGCCCGAGACACUAUUCAUUCGGGUCAGGACCCGAAGAAAGCCCUAGAAUACGCAAUUCGGGCCUCCGAGGAUUUCAAGCGGGUGUCGGGUCCAAGUCCGGAUCUUGCCACGUGUCUCCACGUGGUUGCUGCAAUAUUGAGCGGGCUGGGGCGGUUAGAGGAAGCGGUCGAGACUCUGGAGCGGUCAAUUCUGGUGUCGGAUAGUGCAGAAAACGGGUCGGGUCAUGCAAUGGUGAAGUUUUCAGGGUUGAUGCAGUUAGGAGAUACUUAUUCAAUGAUUGGGCAGUUGGAUAGGUCCAUUGAGUGUUAUGAAUCGGGUCUGAAAAUCCAAGUUGAGGCUUUGGGUAGAUCUGACCCGAGAGUUGCUGAGACUUGCAGAUACUUAGCUGAGGCGCAUGUUCAAGCCAUGCAAUUUGAUGAGGCUGAGAAAUUCUGCAAGAAGACCCUUGAGAUUCAUAGGGAGCAUUGCUCACCAGCUUCUCUUACAGAAGCAGCUGAUAGACGUCUUAUGGCCCUCAUAUGCGAGGCGAAGGGAGAAUACGAGCCAGCACUUGAACAUCUUGUCCUUGCUAGUAUGUCGAUGAUUGCCCAUGGGCAGGACAAUGAGGUUGCAGCGAUUGACAUUAGCAUUGGCGAUAUUUACUUGUCGCUCUGUCGUUUUGACGAGGCUAUUUUCGCCUACCAAAAAGCGCUAACGGUGUUCAAAACCACCAAAGGUGAAAGUCACAGUUCCAUAGCAUUAGUGUACAUUCGCCUUGCCGACCUCUACUACAAGACAGGAAAAUUGCGCGAGUCAAAAUCCUAUUGUGAAAAUGCGUUAAGAAUAUACUCCAAACCUGUACCUGGAACUACCCCAGGGGAAAUUGCAAGUGGAUUGAACGAAAUCUCUGCCAUCUAUGAAGCUUUAAACGAGCCGGAGGAGGCGCUGAAGCUCCUCCAGAAGGCAGUGAAGUUAUUGGAGAAUAUCCCCGGACAAUAUAGGACAGUGGCAGGAAUAGAAUCCCAAAUAGGAGUAAUCUUCUACAUGGUUGGGAGAUACAGUGAUGCAUGGAAAUCUUUUGCGAGUGCCAUUGCAAAGCUUAGAGCAAGCGGAGAGAGGAAAUCAGCGUUCUUCGGAUUUGUGUUGAACCAGAUGGGCCUAGCAUGUGUGCAACUGUAUAAAAUUGCGGAAGCUGCCAUGCAUUUCGAAGAAGCAAGAGAGAUAUUGGAGCAGGAGUGUGGAACAUACCAUUUGGACACUCUUGGAGUUUAUAGCAAUCUUGCAGCAACUUAUGAUGCCAUGGGGAGAGUUGAGGAUGCCAUUGAGAUAUUGGAGUACAUACUUAAGAUGAGAGAAGAAAAACUUGGAACUGCAAAUCCAGAUGUUGAUGAUGAAAGGAAAAGACUGUUUGAGCUUUUGAAAGAGGCAGGAAGAGUUAGAAACAAGAAGGCAAAAUCACUUGAAAAUCUUAUAGAAUCCAAGUCCUUCAAGAUGAAGAAUGAAGGGAAGAAGAAAAGGGUUGCAUUUGGUUUGAGAACUUGAAAAACAGAGUUUUAUUGUCAUUAAAAAAAAAAUCUCUUACAUGUUCUCUUUUAUUUGGCAUCAUGAGAAUUUUGCUAGUGUUUUUGUUCUAUGAGCCUUUACCUAGUCUUACAUAUGUUAAUAUUGUCAAUUGUUACCCUUGAUAUAUAAAAAUUUACUGAUUUUUUGUGUCACUAA